UCAACCGCAUCAUCAUUAACAGCUAUUACAGAAAACUCAACCGCUUCAUCAUUAACAGCUACUACAGAAAACUCAACCGCUCCAUCAACCCCAGAUUCAACAAUUAUCUCAACCGCUCCAGCAACCCGAGUUACUCCAAACACAGACACUUCAACCAGUACUAACCCACCAGUCAGCAAUAAAUGCAAUGAUACCAGCUGUGGAGGUGGCGCUGUGUGUGUCCCACUGUUUGAUAGUAUCGCCUGCCAGUGUCCCGUUAGGUUUUAUUAUGAAGACCAGAGCUGUAAAGAAGGGGGCAGCGUGCUUGGAAAACUCAUAUUCUUGGAUAGAAACUUUACGCAAGAUACGGAGUCUCAAGCAUACACUGACCUGUACCAGGAAAUACAAAAGUUUUUUACGACAUCACUGGGAACACGAUACAAUCUCACCUACGUUGAAACGGUUAUUGAGAAUAUAACAGCGGUUUCAUCUACAAGUCGAGCACUUACACCCGUAGUUACUGCCCUAGUUAUUAACAUGUUUAAUACUCUCUCAAUAAAUCUCACUCAAAUAAAUGAGCACAUACGGCAAGAGGCGGCUGGCCAGGCGUUCUCUUAUAGCAGUCGCAGUAUAUGUGUAUUCGCUAGCUGUGAUCUGAAAACAACAGCCUGCAUUGAGACACAAAAUGGUCAGAAUACUGAAUGUUACUGCCUUGGGGGACACUAUCGUGAGAGCAACACUGCCUGCAAAAACUGUAGUGAUCAUUGUGUAGCGAAUACUAAUCAGCAAUGUGUUUGGAGCACCGAAACCUUGGAGGAAAAAUGCCAGUGUCUCCCAGGAUACACCACGAACAAAGAUGGAGGCUCGUGCAAAGAAUGUGACUUUGGAUACUCCGGAAAUGACUGCAAGGACAAUUUCUUGUUAAUCCUGGUUAUUGUCGGCUCAGUAGCUGGUGGAGUGAUUAUUGCCCUGGUUGGGGCAGUUAUUGGAAUCAGUGUGAGAUCCAGUCGGAAAAGAAAGGACUAUGAGAGAACUGAAUUACUUGGUAACGAUGACAAGGUUUCUGGGGGCGCUAGCCCUAUGACUGGCCAUCUGUUCCCCAAAGUCCGAGCCAAACCCGACCUAGGCCAUGUGAACCGAGCCUCCAACGUGUAUGAAGAUGGCCAGUUCAGCCAGUCCUUCCCCAAGAGGGACUACAACGAGGCAAACGAGGAGCCUUGGUAUGAAAUGAACCAGAGGGAACGGAGGUACUGAGGACAUAUGGCGAGAGCGGACCGGGCCACGGGAAUCAAGGAA